UUCGAACAAGAGCAUGGAGCGCCGCGGUGCAGCUGGCAGGUGCUGGCUUCAUUUGUCUCUCGCCGGUCAUCUUUCCCGAUCAGACUCGGCUGGGCGCUCGUGGGUAGCAUAUACAUACAUAUAUACAUACGAUGUCGGAGCCGUUGUGGGGGAUGGCGGAUCAUACUCGUGCAAGAUGGGCUUCGCGGGCGAGGACUUUCCCAGGGCCUACCUCACGUCGCUGAUUGGCAGAACGGUAGACUUGGAGGCCACGCGGCGCUUAGAAGCAGAGAUGGGUGCGGCCGUCGACAGCGCCCGGAGUCCAGCAAAAGCGGGGGGGGAGCGGGGGGGGGCAACGGCAAGGCGAAUGUGGCACCCUCCCCCCCCGCCAACGGGCAGCCCCAGCGGGGAGGCAAGGGGGCCGCAGUUUCGCCGGCCGUGCCGGGGGGCUCAGGGGAAUCAGAAGGGGGCGCCGCGAACGGAGAGGAGAAGGACGGGGGGGACGGGAGGACGGUUUAUCGAUGGCACGGGAUAUCUGAUGGGCGGCGGGGCGGACAUGGACGUGUUGCCGCUUAUGGAGGACGGGUUCGUGACGGACUGGGACCUGAUAGAGAAGGUGUGGGAGCACGCCGAGCGGACUCGACUCAAGACGAAGCUGUCGGACCACCAGGUCCUGAUCUCGGAGAAGCCUUUCAACUCUUCGAAGGAGAGGAUGAUGUACACGGAAAUGAUGUUCGAGGAAUUCGGCGUUCCGGCGGAGUUCGUGUCGAAAGACGGGGUGCUUCCGUGCUUCUCCAUAGGGAGGACGACGGCGUCGCUGGUAGACGUGGGGGGGGACAGCGCGGUAGCAACACCGGUUUUCGACGGGUGGGUCGAGAGCAAGGGCAUCGUCAAGUCCGUCCUGGGGAGGAACGCGCUGCAGCGGUAUCACCUGAACCUGCUGGAGGAGGCCAGGGGCGGCGACCCUAUCCCGCCGCUGCCGACGACGAUGAUGAAGACCAUCGCUGACCGAACGCCUCCGCAUGGACGUAGCGAGGGACUUGCUGGCGCUGACGGAGCGGACCUCGGCUCGGCGUUCGAGGCCGACACUCCCAGUUCUCCUCCAUACCCUCCGUGCCCUUCCGGCUGCCGGACGUCACUGAGGUAUAGGCAUGGACAGGUUCAGGGUGCCGGAACAGCUGGUGAGCACGUGGCCGCUGACGGAGGUUCUGUCAGCCGGAAGCGGGAGCAAUCAGGACCCUUCCCCCGGGAUGAGGAUACUGGCGGAGUCCAUCGGCCGACCGGGCUCCGGAAUGCGCCCGCUUCAGAACCGGCGACGGUUGUGGAAUCUGUUCUGGCGUGCGAGCGAGAGCAGCAGGCGCAGCUGUUCAGCAGCGUGGUGUUGGCCGGGGGAGGGUGCUGCUUCGCGGGCCUGGCAGAGAGAGGGUGGAGGCCGAGAUAGAGCAGAGCCUCGACGCUCCGUCCACAGGGUGCAGAGUCAAGGUCCUCGCCGCCGGCAACACCGAGCGAAAGUGAAGAGGACAUGUUGUAGCGCUUGCCUCGCGUCCCGUCGUGGAGGGAUUCUCGGUGGUGGUAAUUGCGGUAGCCGUUUUUCGUCCAGAGUGAGUCGUUGUGUUGGAUGGUACACGGGGUCUGUUCAUUUGUAUUCUACUGUGCUUGCUCUUGUGUGACGAAAACAUGGAUGAGCACACAAAAUUUCAAACCUGUUCUGCCACCAAGUUUUGCCAUAUUGUGCCGCUUUCCGCUGGUUCUGUCAAUUUCCGCCUUACUGUUGUGGGGUGCCCCCGUCAGCUGUAGCUUCAUGUACAGCACAGCGGCGGCGGCUUCGGUUGGAGAGAGGGUCCGGACAAGAAUUACACUCUUAAACCAGUUUCCCGUCAAAUCGUAUCAUAUUGUGAGAUAUGUGUUUUCUCAUGGCCGGGACAAGUCGCCGUUUACUCUCCUCUGACAAUCCGUACUUGCCCAUGAAAAUGAAUAUUCUCUCCUCGACCGUAGCCCUUAUGGCCGUUUUCGUCCAAGUUGGUUGGUGUGUUGCCUCUUUCUCUGUCUUUCGCUCCGCGUUUUCAAAGUUGCGCGAGCUUUCGUAUCUUGUGUGGCUUAUGAUUGUGAAUCUACUCGCAAUGAAUGACCAGUCGUGAGAUCGGUGCUGCUUGUUUUUGUGCUUGCUGCGAUGUAGGCGCCAAACUGGGCAUCUCCCGGGGGCAUUGUUUUGCCAACUCUGUGUUUCAAUUGUUCUGCAAACUUUUGGUUUGCUAUGCAACUAUGCAUCUCUCUUUGCUACAAUGGAAACCGCCUGCUUUAUGC